GGAGAGGUGGUUGUGAAAAAGGACAAAGAAAGUGAACGGUGGACAUUUAUCAAAAGUGAUCAACGUGUUCGACAAGGGCUGUUGAAAGUAUAACUGUGAUAGUGUGUCGUUUGAGUGGACUACUCAAAUCACACCGUAACGUGGUGGGGUUAGCCGCUACCACAGGGGCUCAGUGCAUGCAUGGGACUUGGCUUGGGCGCUAGCUACCAGCUAACGCUAGCUAGCAAGGCUUGUGUGUUGGACCACGAGGGAGAAGACAAGGGCGCUAGCGUCGAGCUCACGCUGGAAAAAAACAGCUUCACCUUUCUUCACUACUGCCUGGGAAAGCACCGCAGUGAUAUUGGGCUGACAACCAGUUCAGGUCCCCCACCAAACCCCACCUCUUGACAAGAGUUAGCCGGAAUAGGCUCCAGCAUGGCCGUGAUCAGAAUAAGGAUAAGUGAGAUGUUUUUCACAGAAUGAUUUGACCUGCAAACAGGCGGCAGUGACUGUAUUCCCCGUGAGUGGAUAAAAUAACAAAGAUCAGACUCUCCACGUGUUGACUGUUGACACAAGCUGAUAACACCAUCCUUCAAAAAGCUGACCCUGCGAAGAAGUCGCUCUAUAGACCCCUGAAGCUCAGAAAAGAAAAAAUGCAUUCAGGAAAAGUGAUCUUCACCAUUUGUGCCUUUGCAAUCUUGGCAAUUUCAGCUUACCCGGCCCAUCGUGACACCGGGGAGGCAAGCUGGAUUGAUUUCAAGGCUAAUGAGGCUCAUUACAAGUCAAAACUCUUAAAAGAAACAGAUAUGAUCCACAAGAGCCUCGUAGAUGACGGUGGCCUCAACAACCACGAAGCUGAGUACAAGAACCCAGUGUCGGAAGAGACGCGGCACAAGAUCCUCGUGGAGUCAGAGCGCCUGCGAGCGCGUCUGCGUCAGGAGCUGGGCGAGCUGAGGCAGAUGCUGGCCCCGUCCCCGGCUGACCUGGCCUCCGCCCUGGCCGGCCUGAGGGAACACUUGACCCCGCUCACCCAGCAACUCCACAACAACACUCACAGUCUGUGCCACUGGCUCAGACUGUAUCUCCUCGGUCCGGACGCAGCGGUGGCCAAGCAUGGUCCGGUUGUCCACCACCAGAUCAAACAAACCUUGGAGUGGAGCGGCUCCAGGCUAACUGAUAUCCUGGCUGACUUGAUGGCUAAAACCAGAGAGGUGACGGAACGCCUGGGGGAUAUGAGUGAGGCAGAGGCAGCAAAUGCGCAUAUCUGGCAGGGAUUCAGUUCUAGGCUAGGACGGGAAGUGACAUCACUGAAGGUGGAGACACAGAAUAGCUUGGAGACUCUUAAAGUGCAGCUCACUGAUCAAUCGGAAAGCACACGGUCUCUUAGUGCCAUGGUGGAACGCUUCUGCCAAAAUGCAGCACGCCAGCAUCAAGACUUCCAGGCCAGGAUUGAGACUCUAUUCACGGGAACAGAGGACGAACUGCAAGUCCAGUCCAGUUUUCCAUAUUCUCGUGGUUCUUUGCAGGAGGACUUCUCCAUCAAACUGUCUGCUCUGAUCCAGGACAUUCUGCAUUCACUGCAGUGACACGAGUCACAACCGAAGACUAUAAACUGGGACACCAGCAUUUAACAAUUUGUUGUCCAGCACAUUGUUGGCGCUCAACAUAGUGAGCAGCCUGUACAUAGUGAUAAAGUAUACAAGGUGUGUUCGAAAGGCUCCAGGACUGAUGUCACAAAAGUAGUAUCAAAUCCAAGCUAAUAAACUUGGCUUCCUUCCUCAAAGUAGUUCCUCGGUAGUCUGACGCACAUUCAGUCUUCUCUGCCACGCCUUCAUACACUCCUGGUAGGAUUCUUCCGAUAUCCUCCGCAGCUCUGUCAUCCUGUCAUCUUGAUGUCGUCCAGGCCUUUAAGACCAGUCCCCCUUUACGAGCCCUUGAGAUGAUCUAAAUGUUCUCGGCAUUGUAAGCGACCGCACUGUCAUGGUGAAGCAGCCACAGUUGUCCUGCUACAACUUUCGACUCUUCUCGCACACUAAACGAAGCAAACAUCACAGGAUCGCUUUGUCGCCGCCCUGGUGGAUCAUCUGGCCCACAAGCAAAGGGAGAAAACUUGUAGCAUGUGACAACAAUUCUGGAGCUUUUCUGACACAUCUCAUUAUAUUUGUAUUUUAUUUCAUUGUGUGUGUUCUCAAAAGAUUUUAGGAGCAUUUUCCUACAUACAAGGGGAAUAAAAAAGUGAUAUAUUUCAUAAAUGUAGCUUUUACUUUUUUAGUUACUAAAAUAAUAUCCGAUAACAUGGGGUUGAAUUUACUAGUAGGAAAAAAAGUGACAAUGUUUCAUAAAUGUAGUUUUUGCUUUUUUAGUUAGUUAUUAAAAUAACAUACUCUGAGAGUUUCUCAAAGUUAAAAAGGCACAGACGAAUAUUUGGAGUUAUGUCAUGCCUUUGUGAAUGUUACAACACUAUAUGAUGGGUUUUGUUUUGUUUUGUUGUUUUGUUUUGUGGGUCCUAAAUAAAUUUCUUUUUAAAAGACUUUGGAAGCCCUGCUACAGCUGUUUCACAAUUACUAUUUUGUUUUCAUUAAUUAUUUAUACUAAAUCCUUUUUAGUUUAUGCAGCACAUAGCAAAUAUGUAAAUGAGUUAUGUAAAAACAGAGCAAUUUAUUGACAUUUGUAUUGUUUUAUGUAUA